AUGAAAUUAUUCAUUGCUUUCUCUCUCCUGAUUAGUCUCAUUAUAUUCCAGGAACAAAUUUUUUGCUUCUCUUUAAGUAUACCCGCUUCUCCUGGCUCCUAUCAAGAUGGGAAUUUUGUUAUUGGAGGACUCUUUUCCCUUAAAGUGACUCGUGGAGACACCAGAAGUCGAUUUGGCUUUGAAAGCACAACCUAUGUACCGGAUUAUGUUUAUGCGGAUCUCACUAAACAUUACCAGCACAUGUUGGCAAUGGUGUUUGCUAUAGAAAAAAUCAACAAGGAUCUGAAUAUUUUAUUCAACAUGUCCCUAGGAUUCUGCCUCUUCAAUGUCGACUUCCUUGAGAUGAAGGCUGUGGAGGGUUCUCUGGCUUUGCUCUCAGAAGAGAGCCCCCCAGUUCCUAACUACAGCUGCAGACCCGAGAAGAGCAAGCUGGUGGCUGUGAUAGGUGGCAUUUCCACAGGAAUAUCAGCCCAGAUCUCCCGAGUCCUGAGUCUCUGCAACGUCCCACAGAUCAGCUAUGCUCCUUUUGACCACAGUCUCAGGGGCAGAGUCCAACCCCAGUCUCCUUACCAGUUUCCCGUGAACACCGCAGUUCUCUACCAGGGAAUUACUCAACUGCUGCUGUACUUCAUUUGGGUCUGGGUUGGCCUUGUAACCCCAGACAAUAUGAGGGGAAAGCCAUUCCUUUGGGACAUCACAGAAGAGAUGACCAACCAUGGACUUUGUGUUGCAUUUGUAGAAAAGGUUUCAGAACUUCCUGCUAAGGACACAACGAACAGGCAGCGUUUUGUGGAAAGAUUCACAUUGACAAAUGUCAUUGUCACGUUUGGUGACACAUACUCUCUUUUGAGGUUUGUCUAUAACAUCUUUUGCAAUACUCCUCUUGGUAAUGUCUGGAUCGCAACUUCGGAUUGGGAUAUCACCACCUUACCCUUUGAACAAAGUCUAAGUUAUACAUACUUUGGUGGAGGAUUAUCGUUUUCUGUUCACGUGGGUGAGAUUCUGGGAUUCAAGGAUUUUCUCAGAAGUGUUCAACCUGGAAAAUUCCCUCGUGGUAUCUUUAUCCAGGAUGUGUGGUCGGUAUUAUUUGAAUGUCCGUAUUCAGAUCAACACUGGGUCAGGGAACAGAGUCUGUGUGAAGAGAAUGGAACCCUAGCCGCAGGAGCUCUGCAUGUUUGGGGUAUGAACACCUCACCCCCGAGCUUCAGAGUGCAUGCUGCUGUGUAUGCCAUUGCCCAGGCUCUGCAUGGGCAGCUGUCGCUCAGAGGGGAAGGAGACGCACUUGAUAAAGGCAUACCCCCGGCUCCUCCCCCGUGGAAGCUCCACCCUUUCUUGAAAAGGGGUCAACUUGGAAGAAACACCGAUGAGGAGAAUGGAAAUAAGGAAGGUUCGACAACCACGCUUGACAUCUUGAAUUACCAGUCUCUGCAGAAUGGUACCAAAGCUCAGGUGAGCAUUGGCGAGUUUGUCUUUGAAGCUCACGGUGCUCAGCACUUUUCCCUAAAUGAUGAACUGAUAACUUGGGGUGAAUACUAUAGUGAAGCUCCUUUUGCUGUCUGCACUCCAAGUUGCCUACUGGGAUUCAGAAAAAUGCCUCUUGAAGGAAAACCAUUUUGUUGUUCUGAUUGCCUGCCUUGCCCAGAUGGAGAGAUCGCAAAUAAGACAGAUAUGGAUCGAUGCAUCAAGCGUCCAGAAGAUCAGUAUCGAAAUAAGCAGAGAAAUCAGUGUCUUCCUAAAAUUAUAACAUUUUUGUCCCAUGAAGAUACUCUGGGAGCUGUUUUGGUCUCUGUGGCCAUAAGUUUAUUUGUCUUCUUAGCUCUGAUUUUAGGAUUAUUUAUCUACUAUUAGGACACACCCAUUGUCAGGACAAAUAACCAAAAUCUCAGCUAUAUUCUGCUUGUUUCUCUAAUGCUCUGUUUCUUUUGCUCUUUGAUAUUCAUUGGUCAACCUAGGAAAGUCACCUGUGUCUUGAGACAAACAGUUUUUGGGGUUGUAUUUUCUGUUGCUGUCUCUGCUAUCUUAGCAAAAACCUUCAUUGUGGUUAUGGCCUUCCAAGUCAUCAAACCAGGGAGUGCAUGGCGAACAUGGAUGCUUAGACUCUCAAAUGCUGUAGUCAUCAGUGCUUCCCUCAUCCAAGUGUGCAUCUGUGCAGUCUGUCUUGGAACAUAUCCGCCUUUCCCUGACAUUGACAUGCAGUCUGAGUUUGGGCAAAUCAUCCUGUGGUGCAAUGAGGGCUCCACUCUUGCCUUCUAUUGUGUCCUGGGGUACCUGGGUUUUCUUGCAGUUCUGAGCUUGCUUAUUGCUUUUCUGGCAAGGAGGUUACCAGACAGCUUCAAUGAGGCAAAAACAAUCACGUUCAGCAUGCUGGUUUUCUGUGUUGUGUGGAUUUCUUUCAUACCCACUUACCUGAGCUCCAAAGGCAAAACCAUGGUGGCUGUGUAAAUUCUUUCCAUUCUGGCCUCUGGCACUGGCUUACUGCCCUGUAUAUUUCUUCCCAAGUGCUAGGUGAUCCUACUAAGAUCAGAUGAUCAGUCGAGAGAAAAAUUCUUUAAAAAGACUUCUUUCUUAAGGCAAAGGAAUUUAUUGCGAUGUGUAUGA